AUGCCCUCCGCAGUUUCUGAUUUUCAUCCGGGCGAGCGUGCUAUGCACCAGCUGCUCAAAGUCCCGCGACAGGGCAACCCUACGAUCCCGGGUCUGCCCAUGCGCUACGGGAUGAGAGUGAUGCAGUCUUCUCUGGUCGCCCUCGGAACUCUCGACAAAGACGGCCAACCAUGGACGACAAUCUGGGGCGGUGAACGUGGAUUCGCAAGACCGGUGGCCGAGAAUGUACUGGCAUUCAACAGUGCUGUCGAUACCAAGAACGAUCCGGUUUUUAAGGCAUUCUGGGAUGGAAUUGAUGAGGCCGGCAUACAGCAAGGUGCCAUCAACAGGCCGAAUGACGGCCAAGGCAAAGGAAUGGCUGGGCUGGCAAUUGACCUCGAGACAAGAGACCGCGUGAAACUGGCCGGCAACAUGAUUGCUGGUGCUACAGUUGACGGCGGCAAGGCAAUCCAGAUGGCCAUGGCUGUCACCGAGAGCCUGGGCAACUGUCCCAAGUAUCUCAACAAGAAGGACGUUGUGUUGAAUGAGAUGGAGCCGGAGCUUGUAUCGGAAACGCUGCAGCUGCCGAAGGAGGCGUUGAAUUUGAUUGCUUCUGCGGAUAUGCUUUUCUUGUCGAGUACCAACGGGGAGACUAUGGAUACGAAUCAUCGUGGUGGAAGCCCUGGUUUCAUCAGAGUGAUCAAGAAUGAUCCGAAUGAGCUCGAGUUGAUUUAUCCAGAAUUCUCUGGAAACAGAUUAUACCAAACCCUGGGAAACUUCAAGGUUAAUCCCUUGGUGGGCAUUGCGAUCCCCGACUUUAACACUGCAGACGUCCUUUAUCUCACAGGUAGAGCUUCAGUGCUGGUCGGUGACGAGGCCUCAUCCCUCCUCGCGAGAACCCACCUCGCCGUUAAGAUAUCUGUCACAGCUGCCAAGUUUGUCAAGUCCGGGCUGCCAUUUCGCGGGUCUCUGGGCCAGUAUUCACCAUAUAACCCACCUGUUCGCCAUCUCCUGUCUGAGCACGACUCGCACAUCUCAGCCAGCUCUCUGAAGACAAUAUCUGCAAGCUUGACCAAGCGUGAGGUCCUCACACCAUCCAUCAACCGAUUCACCUUUGAGCUGUCUUCAGAGGAGUCGAUACCAAGCUGGCACUCUGGGCAAUAUAUCACACUCGACUUUGAAUCCGAGUUGUCAGGUGGUUACAGCCACAUGGCCGAUCACGACCCUCAAAGCAUCAACGAUGACUAUAUACGGACUUUUACCGUAUCGAGCCCCCCUGACAGAAAGGAGAUCCAAAUCACAGCUCGGAAGCAUGGCCCAGUAACUGGCUUUCUGUGGAGGCACAAUCUCCGCGUGCCGUUGGAAAUCCCCGUCGUCGGGUUUGGUGGCGAAGAGGGCUUCCGUAUCCCUCUGACGCCUCAAGCUUCAAAGUCAAUCUUCAUUGCUGCCGGCGUGGGAAUAACCCCCCUGCUUGCACAAGCACCGGCAGUUCUUGAAAGAGGCAUCCCUCUCCAACUCUUCUGGAGUCUCCGCUUCGAGGACUUGCCCCUCGCAGUCGACACCUUCUCCAAGAUUCCAGACCUCGCAAACGUGACCAAGCUUUUCAUCACGGGCCAGCCGGGGAACAUGGAACUUCUUGAUCAGGUAAAGCGGGCUGGCGCAGAGGUGGACGAGCGACGAAUGAGCAAAGCCGAUGCCGAACAGCUCAAGGGACAGGAUGCACGUUUCUUUUUGUGUACUGGACCGGCCCUUUUGUCAGCACUCGAGGAGUGGCUUCAGGGGGAGAAGGUUGUGUGGGAAGACUUUGGGUAUUGA